CAUAGAACCCACACGUGUUAUGUUUUCGUGGAGGUGGUUGGUGUCCCUUGUUUGUAAUCUGUAGUUGUAUUAUUCCAAAGGAAACGCAGACUUCACAUUAAAUUAUUAACAACACCAGUAAACAUGGGGAAGAAGCUCAAAGUUGGAAAGACCCGAAAAGAUAAAUUUUACCACUUAGCGAAGGAAACCGGGUAUCGUUCACGUUCUUCCUUCAAACUUAUUCAGAUAAACAGAAAGUUCCAGUUCCUGCAGAAAGCCAGAGCUCUGGUGGACUUGUGUGCUGCUCCAGGUGGUUGGUUACAGGUGGCGUCCAAGUUUAUGCCCAUCUCCAGCCUUAUUAUUGGUGUUGAUUUAGUCCCAAUCAGGACUAUCCCCAAUGUGGUCACUCUGACCGAGGACAUCACCACAGAGAAAUGCAGACAGGCACUGAGGAAGGAACUCCAGACGUGGAAGGUGGACGUGGUCCUGAACGAUGGAGCCCCAAACGUUGGAGCCAACUGGCAGCACGAUGCUUUCUCUCAGGCUCACCUGACUUUGAUGGCUCUGAAGCUGGCCUGUGACUUCUUGGCCAAAGGGGGCACAUUUGUCACCAAGGUAUUCCGCUCCAAAGACUAUCAGCCGCUCAUGUGGAUCUUCCAGCAGUUUUUCAAGAAGGUGCAGGCCACCAAGCCCCAAGCCUCCAGAAACGAGUCUGCUGAGAUCUUCGUCAUCUGCCAGGGCUACCUGGCCCCAGACAAAAUUGAUAACAAGUUCUUCGACCCCAAGCAUGCUUUCAAGGAGGUGGAAAUCCAAGCCAAGGCCAUUAAAGACUUGGUGCCUGUGAAGAAACCUAAGGCUGAGGGAUACACAGAUGGUGAUCUGACCCUAUACCACACAUUCUCUACGACUGCUUUUCUCAAGGCUGACAACCCUGUGGAUUUCCUGAGCAAAGCCAAUGAGAUCACCUUCGACAACCCCGAGUUAGAGUCUCAUGAGGCCACCUCCGACGAGGUCAAACAAUGUUGCCGUGACAUCAAGGUCCUAGGCCGCAAGGAGCUACGGCUCCUGCUGAAUUGGAGGUCGAAGAUGAGAAGGUACCUGGCCAAAAAACUAAAAGAUGCAGCCAAGCAGUUGGAACAAGACAUCCAGCUGAGUUCUGGUGAGGAGGCGAGUGACGCAGAGGAGAAAAAAGAGGAGAAGAAGGAGAAAAAGAAAAUGACUGUGUCUGAAAAGAAGGAAGAGGAGGCGGAGUUAGAGGAGGAGGAGAUGGAGCAGAAAUUGGCCGAGCUGAAAGCAGAGGAGGUGGCAGAACUGAGAAGAAAGAAGAAGAAAAUCCUGAAGGAGAGAAGGAAGCAGAGGGAGCGGGUGGCGCUGAAGAUGGACCUGCCAGGAGUGUCCAUCGCUGACGGCAACGACUCCUCCAUGUUCUCCCUAGUAACCAUCAACAAGGCCAAGGCUCUAUCUGAGAUCACCAAGGGGGACAUGAAGUUGGCUGAUGCCAUGGUGGAGGGAGAGGAGGACCUUUACUUCUCUGAUGACGGAGACGAUGACGAGGUCUCCCUGGCCUCUGACCUGGAUGACGAUGACCUGGACGAGAUCAUGGAGAAACAGAAGGAGAUGGCCAAGGAGAAGGACAAGGCCGCCAAGAAAAAGGUGUCUUUCAGUGUGGAGAAAGAGGAGGAGGAGGAGGAGGAGGAGGAAGAAGGCAGUGGACUGAUAGUGGACCUGGAGGGAAAGGAGGAGAAGAGAGACCAAAAGACUAGCAUGUGGUUCAGCAAGGACAUCUUCACAGAACUGGACUUGGACGCAGAUGCAGAGAGCGAGCUGCGCCAGACCCAGAUACUACAGAGCAGGGGGCCCUCAGCAAAGGGAAAGGGAAAGAAGCGGAAGGUCCAGGAGCCCGAAAUGACUCUGCCAGAGAAGGAAGAGGCGGGGCCUUUACAGGAUGCCCUGGCAGAGGGCGAUAGCGACUCUGACGACGACAGUAGCGACGAGGAUGAUGAGAGGAGCAUUGCGCGGAUGAAGAAGGGCAAGCAUUCCGGCAGUAUCCAAGGAGAUGCCGGCGGUGUGGACGAGGACUUCCAGGUGGUCCCAGUGGAGAGCACCAGCAAGCGGGCUCGCAUCCUGAAUGCAGAGGGCUUAGCCCUGGGCUGUCAGAUCGCCACUUCCAAGAAGAGAGCAAGGGACCUGUUGGAUGGCUCCUUCCACAGGUUUGCAAGCUCGGAGGACCAAUGUGAGGUGCCCGAGUGGUUUAUCGAGGAUGAGAUGAAACACCGGAUGAAGCCCAUCCCUGUAACCAAGGAGAUGGUGGAGGAGUACAAGGCCAAAUGGAAGGAGAUCAACGCCAGGCCCAUCAAACGAGUGGCUGAGGCUAAGGCCAGGAAGAAGAAGAGGAUGCUGAAGAAGAUGGAGUCUGCCAAGAAGAAGGCAGAGAGUGUGGUCAACACUGUGGACAUCAGUGAAAAGGAGAAGAUGGCCCAGCUUAAGAGUAUCUAUAAGAAGGCGGGCGUGGGCAAGGAGAAGAGGGAGGUCACUUACGUUGUGGCCAAAAAGGGCUCCGGUACCAAGAGGGUGCGACGUCCGGCCGGGGUCAAGGGUCAGUUCAAAGUGGUGGAUGGCCGCAUGAAGAAGGACAUGCGGGGUAUGCAGAGGAAGGAGCAGCGUGACAGGGGGGGCAAGAAAGGGGGCAAGGGCAAAGGAAAGGGCAAAGGUGGAGGGUUCAAAGGUGGCAAGGGAGGGAUGAGGGGCGGGAAAGGACGUCCUGGACGAAAAUGAAUUAACGCCUGUGUCUUUGGCCCGUCUUUGGUUUCUGGGUGGGUUAAAUGAACUUUACCCCCUCCACAUUGUUGGUCAGCAGACACAUUGUCAUGUGGGCAAGCUAAGACGGCCGAACACUCUGCCAGUUCUGUUUCUGAGGCGAUCUACACGCAUGAAACUGAGGUGUCCUCCUGACCUCCUGAUAGUCUUCCUCAGAGACUUCAGUGUACCUGCCGAAAUCGCUUUUGAUCAAGAUUUCACAUCGACGGCAAAAUGCGUCUUCAGCCAAUGUAUGAGAAGAUAUAUAACGUGCUUUCCACUGAUGUUCUGACAAAUCUUGUAAAUACUGAUUUUGCAAUAAAUGUUUUAAUGAAACAA